AGUGCAUGUAAUGUAUGGAUGGAUUGAAUGCAAUGAUGUGUUGGUCCCUCUUAUAUCCCUUUCCUUUUCCUCUCCAAACGUGUCUCACAUUUGUUGCCAAAGACUGAUUGUCUUUAGAUCUAACCAUCCCUUCAAUUAACCGCUAAUUUUUUGGCAAAACUGAUGGCCACCGAAGAGUGGACAGAAAGCACGGCUGUGGCCCAAGUGGGCGAACCCGUGGAGAUCAAGCUGUUUGGCCGCUGGAGUUCAAGUGAUGUUCAGGUGUCGGACAUCUCUCUCACUGAUUACAUCGCAGUGAAGGAGAAGUACGCGCGAUAUCUGCCGCACAGUGCGGGCCGGUAUGCGUCGAAGCGGUUCCGUAAGGCUCAGUGUCCUAUCGUUGAGCGCCUGACCAACUCAAUGCAAAUGCAUGGACGCAAUAACGGCAAGAAACUGCUGGCCGUCCGGAUCGUGAAACACGCCUUCGAGAUCAUCCAUUUGCUAACCAAUGAGAAUCCGCUGCAGAUAUUGGUCAACGCCAUCAUCAAUAGCGGUCCGCGUGAGGACUCGACUCGUAUUGGACGCGCGGGAACUGUACGUCGACAGGCCGUGGAUGUGUCUCCCCUGAGACGCGUGAAUCUGGCCAUUUGGUUGCUCUGCACCGGCGCUCGAGAGGCCGCCUUCAGAAACAUCAAGACUAUCGCCGAGUGUUUGGCCGACGAACUGAUUAACGCCGCGAAGGGCUCGUCCAACAGUUAUGCCAUCAAAAAGAAGGACGAAUUGGAAAGAGUGAUCCCGGGCGCCACCUUUUGCUUGGGUUGUUGGCAGGUCUCCAGAAGACAAUGGAAACUCAAUCUUAUCGACCGCUUGGAACAACUUGUUCGGCAACCGGCCAUUGAUUUACCACAAGAGUUAGUUUUGGAUGAAUUGAAUGGCUUGGAGUACAGGAAAGUGAAACUCAGAGGAAGGUUUGACAACUCGAUGGAAAUGUUUAUAAGUCCGCGAUGUCUACUUAAACCACAAGAAGAGAAAAGUGGAUCCGUUUUUAGCGUUCAGUCGAAAGACUCGUUUGGCGUUUGGGUGAUCACACCGUUUGUGGUGAAAGACAGAGACGCGAGAAUACUUGUGAACCGCGGAUGGAUUCCGAGGUCUAAAUUGGAUCCAAAGUCGAGACUAAACGGACAGACAGAUGAAGAGAUAGAGUUGACUGGUGUGGUCCGCACCACAGAAAAAAGACAACCGUUUGGUCUCAAGAACGACAACAACUCCAAUGUGUGGCACUUCAGAGAUGUGGACGCAUUGGCCCAAAGACUCGACGCUUUGCCCUUUAUUUUGGACGCCGACUACAAGAGCACAACACCCGGCGGUCCCAUCGGUGGCCAGACCCGAGUGUCGCUCAGGAAUGAACACAUGUCUUACAUCAUCACUUGGUAUGACUUUGUGAGACAUUGGCUGCUCAUGUCGGCAGUGGUGAGGGUAGUCGAGGGGUUGUGCGGGCAUUGCAUUCGGUUGUCUCAUAGUGUGUCUCAUAGCGAGUGCAUUGAAUGCAUUGAAAUGGAGUGA